CAUCCAUCCAUACGAACUCACGUCCUCCAGCGGCGGAACCCCAGUGCACCUUUCCUAGUCUCUGAGACCGUCCGCGCGACGGCUGUGGACGCGUGUGCGAUCGUCCGUGGCUCGGACGGGAGGAUCGUCUGCCGCGCCGGUGUGCGCUCUCACCUAUUGAGCACUUUCCGUGGCGGGCGAGAGCGUCUGGUCCGCCCUGGGCCGCGUAUCGAGCGGGAGACGCAAUGGCGUAGCUGUCAGACGUGCUGCCGUAACGGGGUGCGAGGAUGCGGUUCGGGGCUCACCUCGGCCAGCCUAUCCGGACCUCAGCAGGCCGCGCGCGUGUUCGUCUAGGCUCUAUCAGUACGAGUGCUAGCUGGAAGGAGGACGAGGGCGUGAAGCGCUCGCCGGACCCGCGCGUACGCGAAUGGGCACAGUUCGCACCGUGGCCCCUCCUGGCUCAUAUGCACCAUGGAGCCGCUGGGAGGAUCGAUCGUGCACCGGCAUGCGACGACUGGGCGGAAAGCUGGGAGGGCCGGGCCGGGACACUGCUGUAUUGGAAGGCGAGCGGUGCAGUGAUAGGCUCGUACGUACAGCCGCGUUGUUCUGCACACGGGGCAGCUUGUGUGCCUCGAGCCUGGACGCGUGAAUACGAGGGUGAUGGCGAAAAGUCGGCUAGGAUGAUCCCAGCGCUCAGGGAGACGUUCCCGCGUGUGCGUGCGCUAGAACGGGGCCGGAUAUGGAGGAUCGUCGUUGAAUGGGUGCUGCUAGCUGGUGCUGUGCCAACUUUGUUUUGUCGCGAGUUGGAAUGGGGACGUCCGUUUGAGGACACUCGCUUGGAAGAGCGGGGGCUGCUCGUCCACGAAUGGCUGCAAUACCCAGCACUGGGCCCAGACGACAGCUGCGAAAGCGUUCACCCGGAUCUAGCAUUCUUGCCGAGGCGGUCAGCGCUGUCCUGCAUGUCGAGAUACGGAAAACGUGUUUCCUUUCCCGGGAGCCUUCAAACCUUCCCGUCCACCCCCGCCUUCCCUCCGAGUCGCACGGGUCAGCCCCCCACGCGUGCCUCGCCCUGCGCCUCCUGACACGCUGCGCGUUCAUUCUGCAGUGUUUUCGAUUCCGAACGCGGAAUGCGUGAGGGCCAAACGA